AUGCUCCCAUACAAAUGGAAGGUGAGGGACAGGAAACAAGAAUUUCAAGCGGCAGUAAGAAAUCACAAUGAAACUGAGGUACGAGAGUUUUACAUGAAACUGAACGAUUUCGACGCAGCAGUUAGAAUACGGAAGUCGUACCAGUUCAUGAAAAAGUUCAUUACAAGGAAACAGGCGAGAAAUGCCUACAUACCAACCAGAUUAUGGGGAGAAAUUUUGAAGGAAAGUGAGGGACCGAGACUGGAGCUACUGGAAGAGCAAGACACAUGCCCCCUAACUAAACCCCCAACGAUGGAUGAGAUGAGUGAAAUUGUUAGGCAUUCAUGCAAUGGAAAAUCGGCUGGGGCAGAUGGAGUGCGGAUGGAGUACAUCAAGUAUGCGGAUGAGGAAACCAUGGAGCAGAUGAUGGGAAUUUGGAGGAGAAUUUGGAUGGAGCAUAUGAUGCCGAAGGAUAUGACUGAAUCUAUUCAGAUACCAAUACCAAAAAUAAGCAGACCUAGAAAUGUGGACAAUUUCAGAAGAAUUAGCCUAUGCAAUGUAGGAUACAAGCCAUACGCUAAGUGGAUCAGGAAGAGGCUAAAGGAGUUUACGGGAGAAUUGGAUCUACACCAGGCGGCAUUCACAGAAGGAAGAUCCACGGAUGAUCAAAUAUUUAUGGCCAGGCGAACCAUGGAAGAGUUCUGGAAUGCUGGAAAAAGCUUAAUCGCAGUAACACUCGAUAUCAGAAAGGCAUUCGAUAACAUCAGUUUGGAUAAAUAA